AUGGAUCCCCUCAUCGCUGUCGUCGGCGCAACAGGGACGGGCAAGUCCAAGCUCGCUGUGGACUUGGCCUCCCGAUUCAACGGUGAAAUCAUCAAUGGCGAUGCGAUGCAAAUGUACCGCGGCCUGCCUAUCAUUACAAACCAAAUCCCUAUCGAGGAGCGAAACGACAUCCCCCACCACCUGCUGAGCUGUGUCGACCUAGAGGCGGAAGCCUGGCGCAUCGGCCACUUCAAGAGGGAAGCUCUUCGACUCAUCGACAAUAUUCGAUCGCGUGGAAAACUGCCCAUUCUGGUUGGAGGAACACAUUAUUACACACAGGCAGUUCUGUUCAAGGACCAGCUGGUUGGGGAAGGCUCGGAUGAGGACGAGGGACCGGAGCCCACAAAAGAGCUAUCUUCGACUUCGGAUAAAUGGCCAAUUCUCGAUUCGUCUCCAGAAGUGUUGAUGGAAAAACUUCGCGAGGUUGAUCCAAUCAUGGCCGAGCGAUGGCACCCAAAGGAUGCACGGAAGAUCAGGCGAUCAUUGGAGAUCUACUUCCAAACAGGGAGACGGGCAUCAGAAAUAUACGCGGAACAGAAAAUUCUCAAGAACGAGUCAGUCAUGAAGGAUGAAGGCCUAUUACGGUUCGAUAACACACUGAUAUUCUGGGUUCACGCGGAGAAGGAGAUUCUCAAUGCGCGACUGGAUUCGCGUGUCGACGGCAUGAUCGAGCAGGGCUUGAUGGCUGAGGCUCAGACAAUGUUCGAUUAUCUCCAAAAGAAAGAAUCACAGGGCAUAGAAGUCGACCAAACACGUGGUGUUUGGGUGUCCAUCGGGUUCAAAGAGCUGGCGCCGUAUUUUGCGGCUGUUCAGGAAGCAGAGUUGAGUGCAGAGCAGCUCGAGGAACUUAAAUUGAGCUGUGUUGAAUCCAUCAGAACUGCGACACGUCAAUAUGGGUCGUCCCAAAUCAAAUGGAUUCGAAACAAAUUAUGGCAGGCACUCUCAGAUGCCGAUAUGACGCGUCGUCUCUACAUAAUGGACAGCAGCAAUGUCAAGGACUGGGAUGAAUGCAUUACCAAACCAUCUGAGAAUAUUGUGCAAUCACUGCUUAAAGAAAAACCGACGCCUGAUCCCAAAUCUCUCUCGAAGCUGGCCAAAACUGUCCUCAGCGCAAAAGAGGACCAAGCGCGUGCACAACCGGUGUCCGACAUGCAGUGUUUCACUUGCGAUAUAUGCAACAAGACGACGAACGGCAAGGAACAGUGGAAUAUUCACCUCAAUGGUUACAGUCACAAAAGAGCAGCCAAGUCCGCAGCAAGGAAGGCUGAACGAGACGCUUAUUUCCGGAAAAAGGAAUUAGAGGCUCAACAGGCCCCGAGUUCUGGGGCGGAUCCCCGAGGCAUCUAG